UGAGUAUUGUUUUAUUCGCCUACAUUCCAACGAAAGACCUUGAACUCUUGACUCGCGCUGUCGUCGAAAUUUAAUUUAGAUAGUGGACUUGUUAUUCUGUUACACUAGCAUUAGAUGUGGAGAAAAGUUGUAGUCUGAUGUAGUGAUAGGAAAGCAAAACACGUAUGGGGGCCCAGAGAUCAUGACUUCUUUUGGAAAAUAUGUCAGUAAUUUUGUUAAAACUGCAGUUUCAUCUAUAUCACCUAAUAAAAUAAUAUCGUACACCAUAAGUCAAUAUGAAUCCGAAUAUCAAGACUGUGAACGACUUCUACAAGAAAAAUCAAUUUAUUACUUUUACAAAGUGGCAAACCAUUUUGAUAUGGUGUAUUUGCCCGGACUGGUUGGCAGCUCAGGUGAAGAGGAGGCAGGUGUUGCUAUGUUUUCACGAUUCAUGGAGGUCCUUGAUCCUCUGCAUUUGGCCUGCAUAAGCGUGGGUUUAACUAUCGAUCGUACUUGUUUAGAGAAAAUAACUACUUACUCUCGAAACAACUAUGGUUGGGGAGCUGCUCACGUGGCUGCAGCAAUUUCCUGGCGCGAGCUCUUUCUUGGUGAACCUGUUAGAAGGCUUUUGAAUGAAUAUGAUCCUAUCUCCGGUCUAACUCCAUUAAGAAUUGCUAUAAAGGAAAAAGAUGAAGAAACUGUCCGCUUUUUGGUAACUUUGGACAAUAUUACUGCAUUUGAAAGCGAUGGAGAUGGGAAUACUGUGGUCCAUUUGGCUGCUGAACACGCUUCCAAGAGAAUUUUAUGUCUCCUCCUGCAAAACCUCAAAUGUUUAAAUGUCAAUGCAUUGAACAUAUAUGGUGAAUCACCGUUGCACAUUGCCUGUCGUAUUAAUUCUUUGGAAUGUGUAGAAGAAUUGUUAAAAGCUGGUUGUAAUCCACUGGUUGGUGAGGCUGAAUUAUUUCCUAUGCACAUCGCUGUUAACAACGACUCAAUUGAGACUGAGUGA